AUGCAUACCAACGAUGCGUUCCUUCACAAGCAGGGGCCGCUAGCUCGUGUAUGGCUAGCAGCUCACUGGGAGCGCAAGCUCAGCAAGGCCCAAUUUCUACAGACGAGUAUUCCGUCGGGCGUCGAGGUCAUGGUCGACGAGGACGAGGAGCCUGUGGCGUUGCGGCUGAGUGGCCAGCUUUUGCUGGGCUUUACUCGGAUCUACGCACGCAAGGCCAAGUAUCUGCAGGAUGACUGCUCUGAUGCGCUUCUACGUAUCAAGAUUGCGUUCCGUGGCACAUCCGCCAUGGAUUUGUCGCACGAACAGCUGCACAUGGCUCGCGCCACCAUCACCAUGCCUGAUCUGUACACGCCCAUGGACUUUCUCCUCCCUGAUCCGACGCCUAGUACAUGGAGCAAGGGUGGCGCUCGUGCGUCGCGGACUAUGGCCCGCGCCUCGGACAUUACGUUGCCAGAUGCGCACAUAUCCCUGCCGGACGGCGAUAUACCCCCGCUGAUGGCGCCGGAGAGGACCGAUGUGUUUUUGGACGAAGCGGAGGCGGCUAGCUUUGAUCUGGGCCUGGACCUUGACGACCUGAGUCACGGCGCUUCUACAACGCCACAGCGUCGUGCGCCGCCGGCCAAGAAAGCACGUCGCGAUACCUCGCGAUAUACCCUGCCUGAGCCUUCGCCUGCGCCCGAGAUGGACGAUUCGUUUGCGAGUGUCGGUGUAGCCCGUCAUGCGCCGUUGGUCGAUUCCGCCUCGGCGCAUGUUCAAGCGCUCGUAGGCGAUGUGUCGGCGGACGUUUCCAUGGACGCUCUGCCGGAUCUGCCCCCCCUCGAUGACCCGAUGCCUAUGGCCGGUACGCCUCCGCGCCGUGCGACGCCAUCGCCACCACCACCUGCGCUGGCAUCCACGCCAUCGCGGGCGCUCACGCUGCACGAUGUUGCACAUGCGCAGCUCACGCCACGUACCGCUGCUAAGCUACGAUCGGCGGCCGAGAUGCGCAUGUCGUUGGCCCACGCGGCGCCUAAAGCGCCACGCAAGCGGCCGAUCCAGGAUGAUAUCACGGAAUGGGCACCAGCGCGAGCGCGUUCCUUGCAAGCACGCGCUGCUACCGCGACCGUUACGAUGAGUACGCAGGCGCAUGAAAAGCAUUGCCUGCCCGCCUCGCGCAUCCAGCUUGCGUUGUGGGCGACACCGACACCUAAGCGACUUGUGGCGAGCAUGCUCACGCGGACGUGGGGCACUGUGCUAUCGGACAUGGACAAGGUGUGUGCGCCCACGUUGGAGGUGCGUCGUAGGUGUCUCGAUGCGAGGCCAAGUGAUGCGCAUAUGCAGACAUGGCUGCGGGAGAUUCACGAGCAGGCUCAAGCCCAGUGCAAGGACGACGACUACUCGAUGGAAAUGGCACGUCGGGCGUCCGAGCCCCCCGCAUGGCUUGCGCCGAUUGAGGCGGCCGACGACUCUAUGGCGCUGGAUCUCCCGAAACCAGUCAACGAUGGCUUUGACGUGACAGAGACCUCGCUGCCCGCCCUGGAUGUUGACAUGCCCGACCUGGCGCCGUUGGACGAGGCGCCGUUGAACGAGGCGCCGCUGGACGAGGCUGUACCCCCCCGCCGAUCUCUGCGUCAUGGCCGCCCUUCCAGUGAGAUGCCGGAGACGGGCCGCCUCGCGCCGCUAUCGCGUCUCGCGACGCCCGACUUGGAUACGGACGAUGUCUUGGUCGACGUGCCUCUCAGCAACCCCAUUGCUGCGUUCGAUACGCAUGCGCCAGAGACGUCGACCGACGGCUGGGACGUGCGUACGAAACGCGCCGCACAUGUGCUGCGUACAGUCCUGGACCGCCACGACGAGCCAUCCGUCUCGUUCCAAGCCGUGUCGCAGCACGCUACACGCCGCGCCGCAGCUGGGUUCUUCUUCGAGAUGCUCGUGCUGGGCACACGCGACUGUGUACGUCUCUCACAGCCGCAGCCGUACGGCGACAUCCAUGUCGAAGCGACGCCAAGUUUGGCUUCCGUGUGA